GGAGCCGGCGGACGAUGACGAGCUUUUACGUCGAUGCGUAACGGGGAGGGUGCGUGUGAGGUCAUCGCGCGGGCGGGCGGGGUCGGGCGGUUUGAACGAGACGAAGACGGAACCGAAGCCGGGCACGGCAGUGGACGUGGUUCCGCCGCGAGCCGAAGAUGGCAGUGAACGUAUAUUCAACGUCAGUCACCAGUGAUAACCUAAGUCGACAUGACAUGCUGGCUUGGAUUAAUGAGUCCCUGCAGUUGAAUCUGACAAAGGUAGAACAGUUGUGCUCAGGGGCUGCCUAUUGUCAGUUUAUGGACAUGCUGUUCCCUGGCUCCAUUGCCUUGAAGAAAGUGAAAUUUCAAGCUAAGCUAGAACAUGAAUACAUCCAGAACUUCAAAAUACUACAAGCAGGUUUUAAGAGGAUGGGUGUUGACAAAAUAAUUCCUGUGGACAGAUUAGUAAAAGGAAAGUUUCAGGACAAUUUUGAAUUCGUUCAGUGGUUCAAGAAGUUUUUUGAUGCAAACUAUGAUGGAAAAGACUAUGACCCUGUAGCUGCCAGACAAGGUCAAGAAACUGCAGUGGCUCCCUCCCUUGUUGCUCCAGCUAUGAACAAACCGAAGAAACCUCUCAGCUCUAGCACUGCAGCUCCACAGAGGCCCAUUGCGACACACAGAACUACUGCAACCCCUAAGGCUGGCCCAGGUGUGGUGCGAAAGAAUCCUGGUGUGGGCAAUGGGGACGACGAGGCAGCUGAACUGAUGCAGCAGGUCAACGUAUUAAAACUUACUGUCGAAGACUUGGAGAAAGAAAGAGAUUUCUACUUUGGAAAGCUAAGGAACAUUGAAUUGAUUUGCCAGGAGAACGAGGGGGAAAACAACCCUGUAUUGCAGAGGAUUGUGGACAUUCUCUAUGCUACAGAUGAAGGCUUUGUGAUACCUGAUGAAGGGGGCCCGCAGGAGGAACAGGAAGAAUAUUAACAGCUUGGACCAGCAGAGCAACAUCCUAAUUCUUCACUCCAAAUCAUGUGCUUAACUGUAAAAUACUCCCUUUUUUAUUUUUAGAGGACUCACUGGUUUCUUUUCAUAAGCAAAAAGUACCUCUUCUUAAAGUGCACUUUGCAGAAGUUUCACUCUUUUUUCAAUAAGUUUGACUUAGGAGCUUUUACCUUGUAGCAGAGCAGUAUUAACAUCUAGUUGGUUCACUUAUGGAACAAAGAGGCUGACCAUGGGCUCACCAUAUGGAUGCUGUAACACUGAUUGCUAGAGAAGGUGUUUUUAUGUGAUACGCUGAGGUGAAUACCUCAGUAGUGAAAUGUAAAGAUUGAUUUUAAUUUUAAGCUAAUGUGAAAUCUUGGCAGAGAACGUUUUAAUAAAUGAAUGCCUUAAGAGUAUUUAAAUUACGUUUGCAUAUUUUAAAAUAUAAAUUUUAACCUGACAGGAGAGUUUGUGUGUUGCCCUUGUGUCUGGGAAGGAAGGGCCAGACCUUGGCACCUUUAGAACUUGCUGUUCACAGGCCUUGCAGGGCUGCUUGAAUCUUGAUAGGCCUAACCUUGGCCCAGAAGAAAAAUUUAAAAAGUUGCUCUCUAAAGCCUUUUGGUGUCCUUGACCAAUUGCAUCUCUGCUAAGAAGCAAGAGGCAUUGUUGGCAGAAUGAAUAGAGGGUAUGUUUCAGCCCUGAGAUAUUUGAGUUGAAUAGCUUGAUAUUCAUUGAGUAUUUCUCUGAUGAUUUUUCAAGUUACCCCUGAAAUUUCUGUGUAUUGUGUUUUUUGGGAAAUUAGGUGUGUUCAGUUUUAAAAUCUAACAACUACUUUUGGGGACUUGCCCACAUCUCUGGGAUUUGAAUGGGGGUUUGUGUCCCAUUUUGCUGUCUUUUAAGUUUACAUUUAACAUGUUUUUCUGCAUCCCUUGCCCACUGGGGACUCCUCUUUAGCUCCUUAAAGUUUGCUGCUUAUAGUGAAAGUUCAGCAGGCAGGUGAUCAUGCUGCAAGUUCUUUUUGGACUUCUGACAAAGGGAGUGAUCAGUGAAGGCCAUCGCUACCUUGAGAUCUGCAAGGCUGGGUGUUUUUGGUACCUGCUGUCCACAGCCCUCCACUGUUAUCAGAAUACUUUGCCAGUGCACUAAUCUCUUUGGAGAUGAAAUUUGUUAGCGUGUUACUAAAUGUUAGUUUCUUUUGCAGAAAAUACAGUACCAUGUCUGAAUUAAUUAUUAAUAUUUAAACUAUUUCAUUCCUUAACACCCCUAAUUUGCUUUGCCUACAGCCUAUUCAGUUCCUUUGUUUGGCAGAAUUCUGCAAAAUGUGUGUCACCCACUACUGAGCUUGUUCAGCCCCUGAUGUAAUUGUAUUGAUUUGUUGAUGGUGGUAGUUUGUCUAAAAUGUGUGUAGAAAGCAGGUAUUUUAUAAUAAAUUGUUGUGUAGUGCAUGCUCUGUGUGAAAUUCAGAGAGAAACCCAGAUUCAGUGAUUAACAAUGCCAAAAAUGCAAGUAACUAGCCAUUGUUCAAAUAACAGUGGUGCUAUUUCUCUUUUGUGGCCUUUAGACUUUUGUUGCCCUAAAAUUCCAUUUUAUUGGGAACCCAUUUUCCACCUGGUCUUUCUUGACAGGGUUUUGUUUUUGUUUUUGUUUUUUACUUUAAGCAGUUUCUAAAUAAAAUUCUGUAUUUCAAGAG